AGAGACACCAGAGCUCCACAUCGUCCUACUUGACUGUGAGGAGCUUCAUCUCAGCUAGACAUGGUUGACCACUUGCACCUGAACUCAGAACUCUUUAUGAGGCUGGUUGCCACAGCAGGAAGUGCUUUUGGCAUCAUUGGCUUUUUCAUUAUUUUCCAGUAUAUUUUUGAACUUGACUUUUCAUGUCCUUGCAAAGAAGGAACAAACCUCCAGGACUGCAUCAUCUACAUGGUGCUGCCUGCUCUGACAUUGAUGUUGUUCUCACUGCUGAUAGACACAGGGCGCACCAGAACAUGUUCAUGGUACAUUUUUAGUACCUGCAGCAAAGGUUUUUGGCUUAUAAUGUGUAGAUCAGUUUCAGUAGCAAUGUUGUGGAUGAUUACAGCGUUCAUAGAUGGAGACUGGUAUGUGUGCCUAAAAUUGAACAGUGGCACAUUUGAAGAGCAGCUGCACUGCAAAAAUAAAGAUAAAUGGACAAAAGAAGAAACUGUGAAAUUCCGAAUUUACGUAAAUGAAUCCCGACUGAUAGGUUUGGUAUUACUUGGAUUCCUUGUACUCGGAUGGUUGUGUGGAACAUGCAGAAGCGAGAAAGAAUACACAGAAUAUUUGAAGAAACAACUAGUAGAGGAGGUUAAUGAUAAGAUUGAGGACAAGAAAGGUAAGGCUGAUGCAUUUCGUGCCAGGCAGGAAAAUGCUCAAGCUAGACAGGAAGAGGCUAAAACUAGACAGGAAAACGCUAAAGAUAGACAGAAAAAUGCUAAAGAUAUAGCUAAUACUUCUACUACUGGACAGAGACAGACAGUUGAAGACAUUGAAGCUAGACAGGAAGAAGAUAUACAGGAAAAGACUAAAACUCCACAGGAAAAAACUAAAGCUGGACAGAAAGAUGCUAAAGCUAUAGCUACUACUUCUACUACUGGACAGAGACAGACAACAAAACAGGAAGAAGCUAAAACUAGACAGGAAGAAGCUAAAGCUAGACAGGAAGAAGCUAAAGCUAGAAAGGAAGAGGCUAAAACUGGUCAGAAAGAUGCUACGGUUACUACUUCUACUACCGGACAGAGACAGACAGAAGAAGACCUUGAAGUUAGACAGGAAGAAGCUAAAGCUAGACAGGAAGAGGCUAAAGCUAGACAGGAAGAGGCUAAAGCUUUUCAGGAAGCGGCUAAGGAUGAGCAGGAAGAAGCUAAAGCUGAGCUGGAAGAGCUUAAAGCUAGACGUGAAGAGGAUACAGCUGAGGAGGAAGAGGGUGUAGCUAAGCAGGAAGAGUUUAAAGCUAAACAGGACAAGGAUACAAGAAGAAGAUCUUAAUCUGAAGGAGGACAGGGGGAUGGACAAGGGGAGCAUGGAGGUGAACAACAUACAGAAUCAACUCCAUUGCUGACGGAUCAAAAGUAGGUCUCAACUAGAACAACAUCGAUGUCUAGAACUCUUAAUCUCUAUAAAAGAAUAAAUAUCCCUCCAACCUCUGUAUGGUAUCACAGAGAUUUCUCAUAAGUCACAUGCCUUUUUUUCUGUCCAAAAGCCUAACCUUAGGUGGAGGUACCAACACAAUGACGAGUGCAAAUGAAAGCAAUGUGUUUUGGGUAUUGAAGGUAUCACUUCUUUGAAUGCAGUAUAAUUAGGACUUGCAGAUGCGCAAUAUAAGUCAAAGAGGUAAUUUUGCUGUAUAAAGUUGUUGCAUUUAAAGGGUUUAUUUUAUGGCAGGGUAUUCUUGUAAGGCACAUGACUGUUGUCUAUAUGUAUUCUGACUUCCAUAGCUGAUAUAUCAAUGUGUGUGUGUUGUUAUACAUAGGCUAUUGAUAAUCAAAUAAUCUCACUUUUUGCUCAAAGAAAAGUCUUGUUUCUGGUUAAAGAUGUAUUUUAUUUUAAAUUACAAUUCACUCUGUAUCUUUUUUCAUGUAUCUAUAUCUGUAAUUUAUUUUAAAUUACAAUUCACUCUGUAUCUUUUUUCAUGUAUCUAUAUCUGUAACCCCAAAUAAUUGAAACAUGGGUUUCUUUAGUGCAUUUAAUUUUGAGUAUGUCAUUUUCAUGCACAUCACUUGUGUAUAAAGAAUAUGUAAUUUUUGUAUCAAUGCCCAACCUAGUAUAUGACAUGUAUGGUUAAUAAAAUACCUAACAUUG